CUUUCAUUUCAUUUCCAAACCCUAAUCCAAAAAUCAUCAGACACCAUCUCUGUGUCUCUCUCUCAAUGGCAACCGAAAACAUCCGUCGUCCCUUACAAUCAACCACUACCGAAAACAUCCCCAAUAAAAAACCCGGCCGAACAAUCGAAGAAACCUACCAGAAAAAAACUCAACUCGAACACAUCUUACUCCGUCCCGAUACCUACAUCGGAUCAAUCGAGAAGCACGAACAAACUCUAUGGGUUUGGGAAAACGAUCAAAUGAUCAAAAAACCCAUCUCUUACGUCCCCGGUUUAUACAAAAUAUUCGACGAAAUCCUCGUAAACGCCGCCGAUAACAAACAAAGAGAUCCGAAAAUGGAUACGGUUAGAGUGAAUAUAAACGUUGAAGAGAAUUUGAUAAGUGUUUAUAAUAACGGUGAUGGAAUUCCUGUUGAGAUUCAUCAAGAGGAAGGGGUAUAUGUUCCUGAGCUUAUUUUCGGGCAUUUGUUAACGAGUAGUAAUUACGAUGAUUCGAUUAAGAAAACGACUGGGGGAAGGAACGGCUAUGGGGCUAAACUUGCGAAUAUUUUUUCGACCGAGUUUACGAUUGAAACCGCUGAUGGAAAACGGAAUCGGAGAUAUAAGCAGGUGUUCACUAGCAAUAUGGGGAAGAAGUCUGAACCAACCAUCACAAAGUGCAAGAGUGGUGAAAACUGGACAAUGGUUUCGUUUAAGCCUGAUUUAGCAAAAUUUGGCAUGGAGUGUCUCGAAGAUGAUGUUGUUGGUUUGAUGAAGAAGCGUGUGGUUGACUUAGCAGGGUGCCUGGGAAAGACUGUGAAAGUUGAACUAGAUGGAAAGCGUGUUCCUCCUAAAACGUUUGAAGACUACGUUAAGCUUUAUCUUCAAUCGUCUACUGAGACCCUAAGGCUUUAUGAGAAAGUAAAUGAUCGAUGGGAGAUUUGCAUUAGUAUGGCUGAUGGGCAUUUUGAACAGGUCAGUUUCGUGAAUAACAUUGCAACAAUCAAGGGAGGGACGCAUGUCGAUUAUAUAACCAAUCAAGUUGCCAAUCACCUGGUGGCUGUUGUAAAGAAACAAAACAAGUAUGCUAAUCUCAAGACCCACAAUGUGAAGAACUACUUAUGGGUAUUUGUCAAUGCUCUUAUUGACAACCCUGCUUUUGAUUCACAAACAAAAGAGACUUUGACAAUUAAGCAAAGCAGUUUUGGAUCUACUUGUGAGCUCACACCUGAGUUCUUGAAGAAAGUGGCAAAGUCAGAUAUUGUGAAAAAAGUUAUGUCCUGGGUACAGUUUAAACAGCAGAAUGACCUUAAGAAAACUGAUGGUAACAAGAGGGGAAAACUCAACAUUCCCAAACUUGAAGAGGCUAAUUUUGCUGCAACCAAUAAUUCUGACAAUUGUACGUUGAUAUUGACAGAAGGAGAUUCUGCCAAAGCUCUUGCGAUGUCUGGAUUAUCUGUUGUGGGCCAGGAUUAUUAUGGUGUUUUUCCGUUGAGAGGUAAGUUGCUGAAUGUGAGGGAAGCUAGUCCAAAACAGCUGCAAGAAAAUGCUGAAAUUCAAAACAUAAAGAAGAUACUUGGGCUGCAGCAUGGUAAAAGUUAUGACAAUGUCAAGUCAUUGAGAUAUGGCCACCUGAUGAUUAUGGCUGAUCAGGAUCAUGAUGGUUCACACAUCAAAGGACUAUUGAUUAACUUUCUUCACUCAUUCUGGCCAUCUUUACUUAAAGUCCCAAACUUUGUGCUGGAGUUCAUUACUCCGAUAGUCAAAGCUACCAAUAAGAAGACGAAGAAUGUGUUAUCUUUCUACACGAUGCCGGAGUACGAGGCAUGGAAAGAAAAUCUUGGUCACAAAGCUAGGGAGUACAAAAUAAAGUACUAUAAGGGGCUGGGAACAAGUAAUGGUAAAGAAGGGGCAGAGUAUUUUGCUGAUCUUGACAUGCAUAAGAAGGAUUUUGUUUGGGCUGAUGAAGAGGAUGGUGAGGCAAUAGAACUUGCCUUUAGUAAGAAGAAGAUUGAGGCCAGAAAGAACUGGCUCCGAGCCCUUCAGGCUGGUACCUAUUUUGAUUCUAAGGAAAAACAUAUCCCAUACCGUGACUUCAUCAACAAAGAACUUAUUCUGUUUUCAAUGGCUGAUCUUCAAAGAUCAAUCCCAUCUAUGGUGGAUGGAUUGAAACCGGGUCAAAGAAAGAUUCUGUUCUGUGCUUUUAAGAAGCCCAUUUUCCAGGAAGUUAAAGUUGCUCAAUUCAGUGGCUAUGUGUCUGAGCACUCUGCUUAUCAUCAUGGUGAGCAGAGUCUUGUCAGCACAAUCAUUGGCAUGGCCCAAAACUUUGUGGGCAGUAAUAACAUUAACCUUCUUUACCCAAGUGGGCAGUUUGGUACCCGCCAGAUGGGUGGCAAAGAUCAUGCAAGUGGCAGAUAUAUCUAUACAAGGCUUUCUCCUAUCACACGCCAUCUCUUCCACAAGGCGGAUGAACUGCUGCUUAACUACUUGAAUGAAGAUGGACAAUCCAUUGAGCCUACCUGGUUCAUGCCUAUCAUACCAAUGGUAUUGGUAAAUGGAAGUGAAGGAAUUGGGACAGGGUGGAGUUCGUUUAUUCCAAAUUAUAAUCCACGAGACAUUAUUGUCAACCUAAGACGCCUCUUGAAUGGUGAAGCAAUGGUGCCAAUGGAUCCAUGGUACAAAUGGUUCAAGGGAACCAUUCAGAGGACUGCAUCGAAGGAAACUGGGUACACCACUAUAGGAAUAAUGGAGGAAAAGGAGGAUGAAAACGCACUCAGUAUUACUGAGCUGCCGAUAAGAAGGUGGACUCAAGAAUACAAAGAGUUUUUGGAAGUAGCUUCACUAUCCGGGAAAGACAAGGAACCUUUCAUCGAGGAGUACAUGGCUCAUAAUGAUGAUACCACAGUACAUUUUGAAGUUAUCAUGACAGCAGAUCAAAUGAACAAAGCAAAACAAGAGGGUUUGCUGAAGAAAUUUAAGCUGACAACUACUUUAAGCACCAGUAACAUGCAUCUUUUUGAUGCAAAUGGUGUAAUUAAGAAGUAUGACACCCCUGAACAAAUUCUUGAGGAUUUCUUUCACCUUCGUCUUGAUUUUUAUGAGAAGAGGAAGACAGCUCUGCUUCGGGAGCUUGGAAAAGCUUCAUUGCAACUGGAAAACAAAGUGAGGUUUAUUCGUGAGGUUGUAGAUGGAACACUUGUUGUAAGCAACAGAAAGAAAGUGGAUCUGUGUGCUGAACUGAAGAACAAAGGUUAUACACCAUUACCGAAAGAGGCUGUUCUAGAAGCAUCCGUUGCUGGAGCGGUUGAUCAUAUUGAAGGAAAUGAAGAAAAUGAAGAGGAUGCUGAUGAGGUGGUUGUAGAAGAAGAAAAGCCUCAAGUGACUGCCAGCAAAACGAUUCCUGGAACAGAAUAUGAUUAUCUGUUGUCCAUGGCAAUUGGAACAUUGACAUAUGAGAAAAUGAAACAGCUAUGGGAAGAAAGAGAUACAAAGAAGGCAGAGUUUGAUGAACUUACGAAGACUCCUUCGAAGUCUUUAUGGCUGCGAGAUCUUGAUGCCCUUAACAACCAACUUGAUGAACAAGAUAAAAGAGAUGCUAAAGAUGAAGCAGAGAGAAGGAAACAACAAGAAAAGGCACGUGCUAAGGGACCUGGAGGUGGUAGGAAUGCUAGGAAACCCGCCCGAAAGCCUGCUGCCAAGAAAGCCACCAUCACAGAAGUUGCUGAAUCAAUGGGAACAUCGGCUUCUACUGUCAUGGAAACAGAUAAUGUUCCCGCUGCAAAGAAAGGAAGAGCCCGAGCAGCAGUUCCAAAGAAAGCUCCUGCUAAAAGCCAGGCAAAAGCUACUUUGGUGGAUGAAGAUGAUGAGGAUGAGAUUCCAUCAUUGGCAGAUCGCAUGGCCAAACAGAAUAUGCGAUCUGAGCAGGAUGAUGAAAUUGUUGAGCUGGAAGAUCGAUUAGCAAGGCAUAAUAUUGAGUCAUCUCCUGAACAAGCAGAAGAAGCUCCAAAAAAGAAAGCACCUGCAAAAAGAGCUGCUGCUGCUGCAAAAAAGAAGGCCACCAUCGCUGAGAUAUCUGAUGAUGAAGAUGAUGCUGUACUUGAAAUGAGUGAUGAUUCCGACUUUGAAGUUGUAGCCCCACCACCGGAGGAGAAAAAGAAGGGUGGUCGAAAACCAGCAGCAGCCAAGCAACCAGCUGGGGCAACCAAGAAAAGAGGACCAGCUGCUAAAGCAGCAGGAGCCGGGCAGAGGUUGAUUACUGAAGUUUUGAAACCGGUUGCAGAAGCAUCACCUGAAAAGAAGGUGAGGAAGAUGAGGCCAUCCCCAUUCAACAAAAAAAGUGGGUCAAUGUUAGGAAGAAUGAAUAACAAGAAUGGUCAGGAAGACGAAGAAGAGAUGGAUGCUGCAGGAUCAAGUGCUGAAGCUGCAGUAGCAAAAGCAAGACCACAAAGAGCAAACAAAAAGAAGAUGACAUAUGUUGUGAGUGAUUCCGAUGAAGACUUAGUAGACGAAGCAACUGAGGAUUCUGAUUUUGAUGACGAUGAGUAAGUGUCAUUUUGUGGUCUGGUUGUUCUAACUUUGAAUUAGAAAUGGUGGGAAAAGUUAGCUUGUUUUCCUGAACUUUAGGAAUGUGUUGUUAAUGUUGUGCUGUGUUGCCAUUGGCUCUUAAUGAAAAUAACAUUGCCUAGCAGGUAAUUUUUUAGA